AUGGCAUCCGAAAUCAUAGAGACUCACCACGCCCAAAUUUUGUUCCCCAAAGGAGGCUGGGACACUCACCAUCACAUUUUUGAACCGCAUGCGUUCCCAUACAGCCCUUCGCGGCACCUUACACCGCCUCCUGCGACCAUCGAAGCCUUUGAGAAUUUCCGUCGGCGGCUAGGUAUCACAAAUUCAGUCCUUACCCAUGGACUGUCCUACGGCGAUGACUGCUCUUCGCUGAAAGACUUUGUCGGUCGGCUGGGAAAGAGCACGUCCGCCGUGGGUGUGAUCGACCCAGAAACAACAAGCGAUUCCGAGAUUCUUGACAUGCAUAAGUCUGGGAUCCGUGGGAUUCGCGUCAAUUUAUAUCGUUACAAGGCAAUGGAGGAUGUCAAUCUGCAAAAGAAAGCAUUGCUUGCGCACCUCAAAAGAGUGGUCGACUUGGAACUGCCGUGGAGUUUGACAAUGACCACCAUUCAGACUGGCUUCUGGAAUACUCUGGCGCCAUUCGUUAGGCAGGAGAUUGUUCCGUCCGGUAGACAGCUUAUCACGGAUCAUUUCGCGCUCCUCAAGGCCCCGAGUAUGCUCCCUCCAGAGUAUCGCGAGGAUCCGACGAAGCAACCAGGCUUCGCGGCCAUCAUGGGUCUUGUAAAAGAUGGACAUCUGUUUGUGAAAUUGAGUGCCCCAUACCGCGUGAGCGAGCAGGGCCCUGGUUAUGAGGAUCUAGAGUUCCUUGUGCGCGCUUUUGUGGCUAUGAAUAAACACCAGAUUCUAUGGGGGAGCGAUUGGCCGCACACUCCGAGGAUGAAGGUGCGCAGUCACGAAGAGGCAAUGAAAGAGACGCCUUUCUUGGAAGUUGAUGAUGAGAAAUGGCUCCAGACUCUUAAGUCGUGGCUGUCCGAUGAGGAAUGGGAUUUGAUCAUGGUUCAGAACCCAAGAAGACUAUUUGCAGCGUAA